AUGGUCAGCAUCAUGAUGCCCUGGAUAACCCUACUCAUGGGAUUCUUCUGUAUGGUGCUGUCCGUGCUGGGAGAAAUGAAGAAAAAGCAUAACUUUCAAGAACUGUUAAUUGAGGAGUGCUGGGGACAGCCAAAUGUCAAAGAAUGUACCAAUAAGUGUUCUAGACACUUUAAAUGUAGAGACAUAAAUCAAAAAUGCUGUUGGACCUACUGUGGAAACAUCUGCUGGGAAAACGAGAAAAUCUAAAAUUGGUCCACCACCAGUGUGGGCUGGGAGAUGUAUAACAGACCUCAAAUCAGUACUGUGUGGCUA